UUUAGUUCAAAUUCAGGUAAAAAUUAAAAUGGUGUAUAAAUGUUCCAGAGCCCCGAUUUUCUCUCUCUGUGACUCUUCUCUCUCUGCCCUUCUCUCUUCUCCGCAGCCAUUCUUUUCUGUUUUUGCUGGAGUUGAGUUGUAUUAGUAGAAGAUUUAGUAAUGUCAGAAAGCACUAGUAUUCCUGAGGCCCAGAGAUUAGCUCCGUCGCUGUUGAAUCCUUCAUCACGUAUUAUUUGUCGAGUAUGUGAAAAGCAGUUUUCACAGUAUACUUGUCCACGAUGCAACACGAGGUACUGCUCUCUUCAUUGCUACAAGUCUCAUAGUCGAUCUUGCACUGAAUCUUUUAUGAGAGAUAAUGUAGUUGAGGAGCUCAAACAGUUGGAACCUAAUGAUGCAACUAAACAAAAAAUGAUGGCGAUCCUCCAACGGUUUCAUACACAAGAAGAGAUAGACAACUCAGAUGAGCUGUUGGAUAGCACACCGGGGGAUGUUACCGAUUCAAAUUUCUCAGAGGUGGUUAUUCAAAAGAUUUUAUCUGGAGGAGAAAUCCAAGUUGAAGAUUUGUCUGAGGAUGAAAAGAAAAGAUUUCAAAGAGCAGUGGUUUCUGGAGAGCUAAGCAGGAUGAUUGAGCCAUGGGAACCUUGGUGGUUGAAGCCUUCUGCGAAAACAAUCCAUCUCAGCGAACAAGGUAGCCGACUUGUGCAACCAAUUGUGAGACACGAGAGCAUAGCAUCAAAGAGCGAAAUUGUUGAAAAUGAUCAGUCACUCCACAUUCCGCCUGGACCAGAAACCCCACUGCCUCCAGUUAGCAAGCUUAGCGCUACUGCACCUUCCCCGCUUCUAGCAGUUCACCUAGUAGACAUCAUCUAUAGUUACUGUUUCACCCUUCGCCUUUAUAAUGGAGAGUGGCUAACAGAUCCGAUAGGAUCAGUUAUGCAUGCUCUGAGUGUAUCUUUAGUUCUUGGUCAAGGGGGGAAGCCAGAAACUGUUUCGGAAGCUGUAUCUCAUUGUUUGGAGCAAACAUGUUCCCCAGUUUUGAGGCACGUGGGUGGCUUGCAAUUUGGAUUGGGCCUCUUAGAUGAUGUAGUAUGCCUACUUUCUAUUGGUGGAACAGCUUUGGUUUGUCUGCUUUGUGAUUUUCAGAGGAUGAUUCAGGCUGCAGAGAAGGAGCUCAAAUCGGAGAAACCACGCAAGUCAAGAAGAGUAGAGGCUAAGGGCAAUCUCAAGUCUGCUGAGAGGAAAGUAUAUUUUAUGAUGUGUUGGGUCCAUGAACAGCAUGAAGACACUUGGUUUUCUAUAGCAAGCAUGGUAGAAGCAGAAAAAAGCGCAAAUUUGGCUUGCACAGGUAAUAGAAAGGAUACCUUGAGUGUACAAGAGAGAGCCCGACCUCGAGGCAAGAUGUUGAUUGAGGAGGUUUAAGGACCUUUUUGGCAACAUUAUGAAGACACUUAAAAUACAGUCUUGAAUGGUGCUUGGUAGUUGUAAUAUUGAGAACUAGUCUAGUCUUCUAAUUUUGGUAAUGCUAGUUUGGAGUAUCGAAUUGUCACACAUCUAUGGGUAUGCAGGUUCUUUCAGUUAUUAAUUCCUAUUCUAUUUUCUA